AUGGGGCCGGCGCUGCUCCUGGGGCUGCUUCUCUCCCGAGCCGGGGACCUCAUGGCUCUGCCCAGCAGUGACUGUGUCAUGGCAGAGCAGCUGUGCCUCUCUGACUCCACCUGCAAUGCCACAUACAGGACCCUGGAAAACUGUGUCCUGGCCAAGACUCGCCUCCUUUCCCUGGAUCACGAUAGCAGGGUCAGAUGUCUGAAUGCAGAGCUUGACCUUGGGAACAGCUCUUUGCUGCACUGCAGGUGUCACCGGCGCAUGAAGAGACAGGAGCACUGCUUACGCAUUUUCUGGACUGUUCACUCCAGCAUGACAGAUGGUUAUUUCAAUUUGGAGACCUCUCCCUAUGAGAAUCCAGCAAAUGAAGAACACUGGAAGACAGAUUAUAAUAAACUGGCAGCUCUGGUAUCAGGCUCACAGUUAGCAGGAGAUGCAACAAAUCCAUGUCUGAGAGCAACACACGUCUGUAAUCUGAGCAAGAAGUGUUUUCGUCUGCGCACAGACUAUGCCUCCAUCUGCACCAAGGGAGCAGGAAGUGAGGAUGUCUGUGACCGGCGCAAGUGCCACAGAGGGCUAAGGAAUUUCUUUGAGAAAGUUCCUGAGGAUUUCACCAAAAGGAUCCUGUUCUGUCCAUGUCAAGAUGAGUUUUGUGGAGAAAGACGCCGUAAAACUAUUGUCCCUGAUUGCUCCUUCCAGUAUAACACCAAACCAAAUUGCCUCUGGCUUCUGGACUCCUGCUUAGAAGACCAUAUCUGCAAAUCCCGACUGGCUGACUUCCAACAAAAUUGUCAACCUGUAGACAUGUCUCAAGAUGGCUGCUCUCUGCACAACCAUGCUGCAUGCCUGCAGGCUUACAUGGGGAUGAUUGGCACACCCAUGACACCCAACUAUGUCAGUAACUCCAGUGUGGAGGUCUCCUUGUGGUGUACGUGUGAGAACAGUGGCAACCAGAAGGAGAAGUGUGACCAGAUACUCGGCAUGUUUGAGAGCAACAAAUGCCUUGAAAAUACCAUUUGGUCUCAAAUGCACCUGAAGCAGAGAGCUCUAGACAGACAGGAAGACUUAAUUUAUUCAUCUUCCCUAAGCUUCCAAGGAGACAGUGCCAGCACAUCUCUCUCUUCAGCAAUGUCCCAGGUGGCUGAAGGGAAGACACAGCUAGACGCCUCCAAACAGAGCAGUAUGCCUAUGGCCUCCUCUGUGUAUUCUCGAGCUACUACUUCCUGGCCUUCUCUGGCUCUGUUCCUGCCCCUGUUGCUGAGCCCACAUUAA